AUGGCCUUGUUUCGCAAAUUGUUCUACCGCAAACCUCCAGAUGGUUUGCUCGAGAUAUCCGACAGAGUUUUCGUGUUUGACUGCUGCUUAUCCACUGAUUGUUUGGAAGAAGAAAACUACAAAGUCUAUGUAGCUGGGGUGGUCAAUCAACUACAAGAACACUUCCCGGACGCAUCCUCUCUUGUGUUUAAUUUCCGUGAAGUGGGUGCUCGGAGUGUGAUGGCUGAUGUCUUGUCAGAACAUGGUUUGACCAUAAUGGAUUAUCCUCGCCACUACGAAGGCUGCUCAUUGUUGCCUGUGAAAGUGAUGCACCAUUUUCUCCGGUCCAGUGAAAUCUGGCUCUCACUUGGCCCAAAUAACUUGUUGCUAAUGCAUUGUGAACGCGGGGCUUGGCCUGUUUUAGCUUUCACGCUAGCUGCUCUUCUUAUUUACCGGAAGCAGUACAGUGGUGAGUACAAGACCUUGGACAUGAUCUACAAGCGUGCUCCUCGUGAGCUUCUGCAUUUGUUCUCACCGUUGAACCCAAUUCCUUCUCAGCUACGUUAUCUGCAGUACUUGUCGAGAAGGAAUUUGGUCUCCGAAUGGCCUCCACUGGAUGUGGCUCUCACCAUGGAUUGUGUUAUUUUGAAUUUUAUUGCUGAUGUUAGUGGACAAGGAGCCUGUCGUCCAAUCUUCCGAGUAUAUGGUCAGGAUCCGAGUUUUGUGGAUGAUAAAAGGUCCAAGCUUUUAUUCUCUACUCUCAAGAAAGGAAAUCACCCGUGGAUCUACAAGCAGGCAGAAUGUGAACUAGUCAAAAUUGACAUCAAUUGUCAUGUGCAAGGUGAUAUCGUGAUUGAGUGCCUUACUUUAAACGAUGACAUGGAAAGAGAGGCGAUGCUGUUUCGAGUGGCUUUCAACACAGCUUUUAUUAGAUCAAACAUUUUGAUGCUUAACCGUGACGAGGUUGACACAUUAUGGCAUUUAAAAGAACAAUUCCCGAAGGAGUUCAGAGUUGAGCUUCUCUUCUCGGAUAUGGAGGCUGCCUCGUCUGUUGACUUGAUGGAUUUUUCGGGCUUGGAGGAGAAAGAUGGUCUUCCAAUAGAUGUUUCUUCCAAAGUUCAUGAGUUCUUCAAUCAAGUUGACUCUGUUGAUCAGAAUCUAGCCAUCGCUAACGCUGUCCAGGGAAAACCAGAUGGGAAUUCAAGCCCAAGACUACAAGGGUUAAGCCCCAAAAGUAUCAAUGAUAUAAUGAAACAUGCAGCAAUUGAAAGUAGUGUACAGUUCAAAUUGUCUGAGGUUGACACGGUCGACCCACCAGAAAAGGGACCUACCGAUUCAGUGAAGAAGCUUAUAGUAGAAGAUAUUCAUUCUGUCCUUCAGAUAAGUAGCCAGGAAAACCCCACCAGCCAGGAUGCAACAAAUUGUUCACGUCAAGGGUCCCCUUCUCUCAAGCUUGUGCAUCAUUCGGCAACAGUUAAACUUUUUGUGGACGAUUCUGACUUUUCUGAAAAUGCUGAGGAGAAUAUUCUAAAGAGUCCUCCUCCAGAAAACCAUGGGAACGUGGUCUCGUUUUCUCCAUACACACCGUCACCUUCAAGUCCGUCAUUAGCCCCAACAGAAGCACCUCUGCCUCCUCUUCCACUUCCUACUGUUGCUCCUCCAACACCAGUUAAAACUUCACCUCCACGGCUUGUUAUCUCCUCUGCCUCUCCUCCCACUCCAACCAGACCACCUCCACCACCAUUAGGCAAGCCUAGGGCCCCGUCAGGACCACCACAUUCUCGCCAUAUUGUCCCUCCCAGACCUGUGCUACCAACCAUAAAGUUGAAGCCAUACUACUGGUUGAAACUGACAAGAGCUGUCACUGGGAGCAUAUGGGCUGAGACACAAAUGUCUGGUGGAGCUUCUAAGGCUGCUGAGAUUGACAGGAAACAGCUUGAAAUAUGUUUCCCCGCAGCUGCUCCAGUGCAGCGUGCAAAACCACCUAAACUUGAGAAAGUCCGACUGAUAGAAAGCAAGCGAGCAUACAAUUGUGAGAUCAUGCUUUCAAAUGUGAAAGUUCCUUUGCAGGAUUUGAUGUACUCAGUGCUUAACCUUGAGGAAUCGGCUCUUGAUGCUGAUAAGGUUGAGAACCUAAUUAAGUUUUGCCCAACAACAGAAGAAAUAGAAAAACUAACGGGUUACAAUGGUGACAAGGACAUGCUUGGAAAAUGCGAACUGUUCUUCUUAGAGAUGAUGAAAGUCCCACGAGUAGAAAAAAAGCUCAGAGUACUCUCAUUCAAAAUUCAGUUUUGUUCUCAGAUUUCUGAACUCAGGAAUAGUCUAAGUGUUGUGAACUCCGCAGCAGAACAGAUAAAGAGUUCUGAAAAAUUCAAAAGAAUAAUGCAGACAAUUUUGGCCCUUGGGAACGCCCUAAACCAGGGGACGAGUAGGGGUAAUGCGGUUGGGUUUAAAUUGGACAGUCUGCCAAAACUCAGUGAAACAAGGGCGACUAAUUACCGUAGGAAUCUGAUGCAUUACCUAUGCUGGAUUCUUAGUGAGAAAAUUCCAGAAGUUUUAGAUUUCCCAAAAGAUCUAUCCUCACUGGAGCCUGCGACAAAGAUUCAACUCAAGUUUUUGGCUGAUGAGAUGCAAGCUCUAAACAAGGGACUGGAGAAUGUCGAAGAAGAACUCUCCUCGUCCAAAAAAGAUGGCCCAAUCUCAGACAACUUUAACAAGAUAUUGAAGGAGUUUCUUCAUUAUGCGGAAGGAGAAGUAAGGUCCUUGGCUUCACUCUAUUCCGGAGUGGUCAGAAACCUGGAUGGCUUAAUUCUUUACUUUGGUGAAGACCCUGCUAAGUACCCUUUUGAACAAGUGGUGUCGACUCUUCUAAACUUUGUAAGGUUGUUCAAUCGAGCGCAUGAAGAAACCGUAAAAUACCUUGAGGCAGAAGCUAAGAAGAGUGCUGAAACAGAGAAAUAAAAAACAGGACCGGGUUAGAUAAGGAAACUCUUGUAGGAAGAAGUUGAGAACAAAAGGAAAAAGGGUUGGAUUGGAUAAAGAAACGAAGGAGCCAUUGCUGGAAAACUGGCUUAGAGCCUUAGCCCAUUGGAUUUCAAGACAACAGGAGAAUGUUGGAUAGAUGCUUAGAGACAGCAAUAUUUUAUCUUCUCUAAACUUGUAAAAUAGCGAAGGUGGAAAAAACAAAAAUCUAUUGUAAC